AUGCAGGAGGGUACUAGCGAUCCUGUUCUUGAGCAGAAAUAUAUGAGUUUGGAAGUGAUUUCGUUUUCUGAUUCAAAAGAUGCGGUUGCAAAAGCAGCUAAUUUUCUUUUGAAGAAGCGUUACUUGGAUACUGACGAGACACCCGAGUUAACUGAACCUGACAUGACAAAUGCUCUCGAAGCAUUAGGGUAUGGGACUCUAGAGCCAGAUCUCAUGUUAAUUUAUGGGCCUGCGAGAUGCCACCUAGGAUUUCCAGCCUGGAGGAGUCGUUACACAGAGAUGGUGUAA